UAAUGACUCCUUGACAUCUCCUCUCUCAUUCUCAUUCUCUCUCCUCCAGUUCAAACGAACACGAAAAUCUCCGAACAAGUCAUCGCCUUUGUCGCUGGAUCAUCGAUCAACCGGUUGCCUUCGACGAACCCAUGAUUCCUCCAUCUUCGUUCGAUCGAAUCGCUGAACAAAAGAGGGGCCUUUCCAUCCCUUUGAAUUGAUCUUUCCCGUUCGCCAAAUUGGGUUAGUUCUCUUCGAAUCGUAGCCGGGGGGCGGGCGUGCGUGCGUGUAUGCCGACCCUGUCGGCGUUCGUCGAAGGAAGCUCCUGAAUCGCGCGUCCAUGGAGGGUGUCAGCUCGAAUCCCGGCAACCAAGCUCCGAAGGCCGAUGCUUUGGGCGGCUCCGGGGUUUUCAGCUCCGUCGUCCCCGAUAAGGCUUACCGGGUUCCCGCUAGUUUGCCUGAUGGAGGUGCCGUUGGCAAUUUAUGGAUUCAUGAUACUCCAAUAGCCACUGUUGAUUCUACGUGGGACAGGACUUCGGCUGCAAAAUGUGAGGCUGAACCAUGCCAGAGCAGUAACGAGGAGAGCAGUAGGGAAGGAGAUUCAAAGAAUAUCAAUCAGAAGCCUGGAAAGUACUUCUGUUAUGAUAAACCACUGCAGGAAGAUACAGGCAUGUGGAUACCUGUUUCCUGUCCACCUAUGUUGGAAAAUCAUCGAGAAGAUUGGACUAGAAGUUUUUACUCAAAUGGGGGGUUUUUUCCGGAAGGGGACUUGGGGUGGAACCAGUACGUCAUGGAAGAAAAGGAGCUUACUAUGUGGGAUGUAUUAGUUGAAAUGUUACUCGCAGCCCGAGGCAAAGUAAGUGCUCUUACUUCAGGUGAUAUUAGUAGUAAAUUUUCGUGGAUGUCUACUCAUCUGCUCGAGCAAGCUUGGCAAGAAAUGGCUCAAACUCUCACUGAGGCCAGUUUUGGAAAUGUGAGGGAAAUUCUUGAGGCAGAGCCACCAACAUGGAUGGCAGACAGCAGCGCUUCAGCAUGUAUGCUGUGUAGCGUGCGCUUUCAUCCAAUCAUGCGUUCCAGGCAUCAUUGCCGAUUCUGUGGAGGGAUUUUUUGUGGCGAGUGCUCUAGAGGAAGGAGCUUGUUGCCUGUAAAGUUCCGGACUAGCGAUCCCCAGAGAGUGUGUGAUGUCUGCUGCGUGCGGCUUGAGUCUGUCCAGCCUUACCUAAUGGAUCAAGUAAGCCAUGCUUCUCAGUUUCCGACCCAAGAUCUGACAGACCUUAGUACGUUGAGAUCCUGGAUCAAUUUUCCAUGGGGACAAUCAAUGGAACAUGAGAUUUACAAGGCAACAAACGCAAUCCGAGGUUAUAGUAAGGUGGGUUCACUAAAACCUGAGAAGGCAAUUCCUGAUACCAUUUUACGACAAGCGAAAGGCCUUGCAAUAAUAACUGUUGCGAAAGUUGGUAUGAUGGUAACUUACAAUAUUGGAACCGGCCUUGUGGUUGCUCGUAGGCAAGAUGGUUCAUGGUCUCCACCUUCUGCAAUUUCUUCAUUGGGAAUUGGGUGGGGAGCACAGGCUGGAGGACAAUUGACGGACUUCAUAAUAGUGUUGAGAACAACUGAGGCUGUGAAGACAUUUAGUGGUACUGCUCAUUUAUCAGUUGGGGCUGGUUUGAGUGCAGCAGUCGGUACCUUUGGAAGGGCUGCUGAAGCUGAUGUACGAGCAGGGGAUGGUGGCUAUGCUGCUUGUUAUACGUACAGCUGCAGUAAAGGUGCUUUUGUUGGAUGUUCGCUUGAAGGCAGUGUCGUGACAACGCGGACGAGAGAAAAUUCCCGAUUUUACGGCAGCCAGUCUAUAAAUGCAUUGGACAUACUACUUGGCUCAUUGCCGAGGCCACCAGCUGCUGCCAUCCUUUACAAUGCGCUCACUGACAUGUAUCAGAAGCUGGAGUGGUGAUUUACCAAAUUAAGUGCUGUACAACUCGGCCGAUCGUCCCCGAUACUGCCUGUGGAAGUUCUUUGCCACAAUUCUUGCCACACCGUAAAGUUGUCUAUUCUUAUCAAGUGUACAGCAUGUUCAAACUUAUAGCUUCCCUCUCUUCCCCAAGGGGUUUCUGGAGGAAUAUGUAAAUAGUUGUAAUUGCUGGGAUCAAUCUCUCGGAUGUACAUAAAGCUAUCCACUUCAUAUUUGUUGUUUUUCUCGAGGUAUCGGGGAAGACGAAAA